UGCUGCUAUUGCCAAGAUGGUUGAGGGGAAAGAUAGAAGAUGUUAUUUUCCGUGGGGCAUUACACAUCGUUUUGAGAUUGAUUCAAACAAAUUAUAUGAGUUCAGUGUUUGGAUCAAAAGCACACAACUCGAUCUUCACAGCCUUUUUGGUUUUCGAGCGUAUGACAAAGACAAAAAUGUUCUGACCUUUCCAUUACUUCCAAGUGAAUUUUUGCAGUAUUAUUCUAAUGUCACAAACAAUCCGUAUUUCAAAUAUAGCAACAAUGAUGCAAAUGAGUGGACAAGAUGGAAUGGAUUUGUACUUUCAGAAGGAGCUGAUGACAUUUCUUCUCACUUCAUUAUUAAAGGACGAAACUGGGUGUGGCCACGAGGUGCCAAAUAUGCGCAGUUGAGGUUUGGCACUUGCUAUGGCGACGGAAACAACCAAGGAAUCACCUAUUUCGCUCUUCCUCUAGUGGUGCAGACUGAUUUCUAGUCAUAGAAUGUCAUGUACUUGUGUCGUUUCAGGCGAACCAACAGGUAGCUAUAUACCUCUAGCUAUGUAGAGCAAACUUGAGAUCGUGCUCAAGCACGCGUUUUCGUAUGACUCUGCUGUCUCGCGAACGCGUUUGUCCGUUGCUAGACCUUGCUUCUAUAGUUUCUGCAUAAACGAAUGCUCAAACA